AUGCUGAAAUCCUCCCGCCAGCCCAUACAUCAGUAUGAGCUGGUCCCCCGAGACUCUGUCGACGAAGAGCAGCACGAUGCUGGUCGCGAUCGUUUGGACACCACCACCACCUUUUCCAGGCCAUCAUGGCUUGACCGUUUGCCCUGGCCCUUGACCAAUGUCAACAAACUCUCAGACCGAGCCGUAUACGUCCACUACGUCACCCCGCGCCGACGCAAGCGAUCCCUCCUGCGCCUCAUAUACUGGUCCAUAUUCUCUAUUCCUUACCUUUUAAUCCUUCUCGUCCUCGUCACUGGCGCUUUCUUUCCGAGUUACACUAUCCGACCACUCCACUAUGACGAACUACGCAAGCGCGCAAUUACUACUGGCCGCGCAAACCCAUACAAUGAAACUGUGUUUAUAGUGGCAUCGCUCGCUGAGCACAAAGGCGACUUGACUUCCGGGGCCUGGGGAAAGGAAGUGCUUCAGCUCAUUGAUCUCCUAGGUCCGGAGAAUGUGCAUUUGAGCAUAUAUGAAGAUAAUCCAGACCCGGUCACCAAGCAAUCUUUGAAGGCAUUUCGAAAAAAAGUCAAGUGCAAUUCUACUAUCGUAGCCGAAGAUCUCGACCUCGCUUCUCUGCCCCAUAUUACACUACCGAACGGUGAGGAACGCCUUAAAAGGAUUGCGUUCCUUGCCGAGGUUCGCAAUCGCGCGCUGGCUCCAAUCGACACGCAUGGAGUGAAAUUCGACAAACUCCUCUACCUCAACGAUGUCAACUUCGACCCCAUCGAAGCCGCCCAGCUCCUCUUUGCAACAAAUAUCGACUCCAACGGACGCGCAGACUAUGCUGCAGCAUGUGCCGUCGAUCACAUCAUGCCCUUCAAAUUCUACGACCGCUUCGCAACCCGAGAUUACGACGGCAUGGUGACCGGCUUGCCCUUCUUUCCGUGGUUCACCAGCGCAGGUACGGCAACAAGCAGGAACGAUGUGCUCGAGGGCAGGGACGCUGUACGGGUACGAAGCUGCUGGAGCGGCAUGGUGGCUUUUGAAGCGAAGUGGUUCCAGGCCCGAGCCGGAGCACCAGCAGAGGCUGCGGACCCACAGGCCCAGUCGCCUAAUCGCGAUUUAUCCCCUCUCCGGUUCCGAUACGACAAAGAGCAAUUCUGGGAGGCAUCCGAGUGCUGCCUGAUCAACGCGGAUCUCCAGUACCGGAUGUCGGGCAAAGGUAGACCUACACAGUCUAGGAUUUACAUGAAUCCAUUUGUCCGGGUGGCCUACGACGAGAAAACCUUGAGCUGGCUCUCGUUGAUCCGUCGACCAGAACGCCUCUACGCCCCGAUCCACGACAUUCUCAACUACUUUGUUGGGUUCCCCGAGACGCAGGAACGCUUCGCUGAGGAGCCUGGCGAGGUUGUCACAGACAAGGUCUGGGUUUUUGAUAACCCAGCUGCAGCCUUUGCACAGAAUGCGACAGAGGUGCAGCUCGCCGGACAUUAUGUUGAACGCACGCGAAAGGUAGAGCCCGCCUCGAUAAUAUGUGUUGAUGUUAUUAUUCGUCAGUUUCCGGGCAAGAAGAACUUCAAAAUUGAGCAAAGUAAUGCUUUUCUGUCGACGGGACUGAGUCUUUCUUUUGGCGUUAUGAUCUUUUCAUCAUUGUAUAGCAUGCUUCCCUCAGCAAAGAAGUAUUUAGUAGGUGGCGGUAUGUCACCAAGGAAUGCGAUAUUAACAAUGAUUGGAUGCUUUCUAGUUGGUGCUCUUGGCAUUUCCGUCCUCUCUGGGAUACUACACAAGUAUAUUCCGCAUUCAGUUGUAGACUGCAACGAUGAGCACGGUGAUGAAGAACACCUAAAAGACGAGGAAGAGCAUGGCCAUUCGCACGAACCGAUGCAAGAGCAACAACCUGGAUUGCCGCACACAGAAGCACACCACGAACACCGGGCAUAUGGAACCAGUAGCGAGACCUCGAAUGCUGGCCAAUCACAAAGACCAUCACUGCACAAGUCUAUCUCGUCCAAAAUGUCUCAACUGGUAACUCGAGCCGAGAAAGCAUGUGACAAUAACCACAACGGGGAAUGCUAUGGCGAUUUCUGCGAGAUCCGGCCCACGCGUUUGCAGUCGAGGAAGUCCCUUGGCAGCCUGACAGCUAUACGACCAUCUGCUGUGAAUAGGAACCAAAACUCACAAGGUCCGCACGACCGGAAGUUAGUAUUGGAAGAUGUAGAUGAGACCACUCCUCUGAUUCCCACGAGAUCUGUUCCGGCCACUUUGGAAAGCUCUCUUGCUAGCCUACCGCCCGCAAAUGGCCAUGCAAGCACCAACACAAAUCAUAUCACUCCAGCGCACAAACACAGUCGUAGUUCCUCGGUCUCCUCUCACUCGUCGCAUGAUUCUCACUUCCACGGACACAACCAUAACCAUAACCACAACCACGGCCACGGCCACGGCCACGGCCACGGCCACGGCCACGGCCACGAUCUAUCCCAAUCUCAACACCACCAUCACGUCCCUACCAACGUUUUCCUCUCUCUUGGCCUACAAACCAGUACCGCAAUCGCACUUCACAAGAUUCCAGAAGGCUUCAUCACAUAUGCUACCAACCACGCAAACCCAACGCUCGGCUUCUCCAUCUUCCUCGCACUCUUCGUCCACAACAUCACCGAAGGCUUCGCCCUUGCCCUCCCCCUCUACCUAGCUAUCAACUCCCGAUGGAAAGCAAUGCUCAUCUCCACAAUCCUCGGCGGCGUCAGUCAACCGCUGGGCGCCGGCGUGGCAGCGCUCUGGUUCAAAGUGCAAGGCCGCGGCCGAGGCAGCGGCACCGAAGACGGGGAGAUGGACACGAUUUACGGCUGCAUGUUUGCCGUUACAGCGGGUAUCAUGGCCAUGGUGAGCUUGCAGUUGCUAGGUGAGAGUUUGGACUUGACAAAUAGCCGGCGACUGUGCUUUGUAAGUGCCUUUGCGGGCAUGGGCAUUCUGGGCUUGAGCAGUGCGCUUACAGCGUAA